AUGAACACCAACGUGUGCGUGGAGAGCGGCCCCAACCCCGAGGCGCCGGGGCUGCCCAAGGACAGCCACCUGCCCGAGGGCGCCCUGGGCAGCCUAGUGGAUUACAACUCGGAGAUGGAGCGCUACCGCUCCUUCGCCACCUUCUACAAGACCAACGGCGGCGCCUUCCCGCAGGCGGCCAAGAUCGCGCGCAUCACCACCCCCAUCUUCCCCAGCGCCGCCGCCGCCGCCGCCGCCCGCAUCGGCAUGUCCCCCUGGAACUGCGACAGCGCCACGGCCGCCGCCGCCACCGCCAUGCUCUGGGGCAGCGGCGGCGGCGGCGCGGCCGGCGCCGCCAGGAAACCCUCCUCGGCCGCCGCCGCCGCCGCCUCGUCCGCCGCCGCCUCCUCGCUGCACGCCGGCAGGGGCAGCAUGCACCACCGCAGCGACUCGCAGCGGCUCGGCAAGCCGGGCUGCGCGCCCGCCGAGCAGCCCGCGCUGCCCAUGCCCAACAACAACUUCCUCUCCACGCUGGCGCCCGAGCACUGCCGGCCGCUGCCCGGCGACUGCAUGAACAAGCUCAAGUGCGGCGCGGCCGAAGCGGAGAUCAUGAACCUGCCCGAGCGCGUCGGCACCUUCUCGGCCAUCCCGGCGCUGGGCGGCCUCUCGCUGCCGCCGGGCGUCAUCGUCAUGACGGCGCUGCACUCGCCCGCCGCCGCCUCGGCCGCCGUCACCGACAGC